AUGACAAAUGCUAAAAACGGACUGGCUGACAACCGAAAGCGAUACAUCCAAACAACGUCGACCAACUUAUCUAUACGACUAGCAAGUAUUUCUUUCUUUGUCAAUGUCUGGAUGAGACGGCUCAAAAGAUUAGCGACUCGUUCAGCUGUUCGCAAUAAAUGGACCUUUUGCUGUAUUCUUUUCUCCCUACUGCGUACAUUUUUGUCUUCUCUUUCACAACCGAAGCCUUUCGGUGUGAAAGAUAAAUUUUGUUUUGCACAGAGAAAACCGCUUGUAUUAUCUCGUGUCGUUUUUAUUCAUUUUCUGUCAGGUCGUUUUGUUUGUGUAUUCUUUCUUUCUUCUUUUUUUUUUUUUUUUCAUUUGGCUUUACUUGACGUCUUGCAGUUUAUGUAUUCAUUAUUUUUUUUUUUUUUAGUGAAUUCUUUCCUUAUUCCCUUUGAAUUAUUAAUUAUUUUUUCUUUCAUUCUUCAUUUCUGGAUAAAAUUUCCUUGCCUUUUCUUCUUUCCUUCUCUUCCUUCCUGCUUUCUUUCUCUUCUGUUUCUUCUUUCCCUUCCUUCCUUCCUUCCUUCCAUCCAUCCAUCCUUCUCUUCCUUCCUUCUCCUCUUUCCCUCUCUUCCUUGCUUCUCUUCCUUCCUUCCUUCCUUCCUUCCAUCCAUCCAUCCUUCUCUUCCUUCCUUAUCCUCCUUCCCUCUCUUCCUUUCUUUUCUUCCUUCCUUCCUUCCUUCCUUCCUUCCUUCCUUCCUUCCUUCCUUCCUUCUUUAUUGUUAUGGUUUUCCUUCUAUCCUUCCUUCUCUUCCUUCCUUCUUUUCCUUCCUUUUCUUCUUUCACAUCCUUCCUUCCUUCAUUUAUUCAUUCAUUCACUUCAUUGCCUUUUCUUCUUUCCUUCUCUUCCUUCCUGCCUUCUUUCUCUUCUGUUUCUUCUUUCCCUUCCUUCUUUCCUUCCUUCCUUCCAUCCAUCCAUCCUUCUCUUCCUUCCUUCUCCUCCUUCCCUCUCUUCCUUGCUUCUCUUCCUUCCUUUCUUCUCUUCCUUCCUUCCUUCAUUCAUCCUUCCUUCCUUCUUUCCCUCCUUCUCCUCUUCCUUCCUUCUUUCCUUCUCUUCUUUCCUUCUCCUCCUUCCUUUCUUCUCUUCCUUCCUUCCUUCAUUCAUUCAUUCCUUCCUUCCUUCAUUCAUUCAUUCAUCAUUCUUCAUUCCUUCCUUCACCUCCUUCCUUCUCCUCCUUUCUUUCUUCUCUUCCUUCCUUCCUUCCUUUUGUUUUCAUUUAUCUAUCUAUCUAUCUAUCUAUCUAUCUAUCUAUCUAUUACUGUAUGCUUUAUCUAUCUAUCUAUCUAUCUAUCUAUCUAUCUAUCUAUCUAUCUAUCUAUUACCGUAUGCAUUAUCUAUCUAUCUACCUAUCUUCUUCACAUAUCUAUCUAUCUAUCUAUCUAUCUAUCUAUCUAUCUAUCUAA